AUGCGCCUCACAGCGCGAGCUACCGAGGCCCCGGAGCCGUAUGUCGUGCCUCCUUCGGAUAAGUUUGACGGCGCGGAUGGAAGCUGGAGCACCUUCAAGAUAAGCGUUGGAACACCAGGACAGGACUUUCGUGUGUUGCCGAGCACAAAGGGAGGCGUCACAUACGUCAUUGCCGAAGAAGGAUGUCUGGAGGGAGUCGACCCGACGAAUUGCCCACAACUCCGAGGAAUAGAGGUUUUCCAGAGCACGCAAAGCACCGGCUUCCAGGUCAACGCGUCGACAACAUGGUCGGCGAUUGGACAAUACGAUGUGGAUUUGGAGGACGCACUCAACUACACAGGAAGAGGACUGUUUGGCCUGGACACUGUCACGCUAGGCGCAGCUGCGGAUAGCAGCUCCUCUAUAUCACUGACGCGCCAGGUCGUUGCUGCCGUUGCCGAUCCAGACUACUACUUGGGACUCCUUGGUCUUGGCCAGGCAAAGUCCAGCUUCAACAGUGGGAGCCAGCCCAUCGACUCUUUCCUCUACCAGCUGCGCGAGAGCAAAAAGAUUCCCAGUUUCGCCUAUGCGUACACAGCCGGCGCAACUUACAGAUUGAAAUCUGUCUUUGGCAACCUGGUUCUGGGAGGCUACGAUGCGACGCGAUUCGAGCCCAGUGCGAACGACUUCUCGUUUACCUUCUCCCAAGACCCCUCUCGGCUCCUGACUGUGGGAGUGGACUCAAUCAUGGCGACAAACACACUACAAGGCACCUACUCCCUGACCUCCGGAGCACACUUCUCCGUCAUCGACUCUACAGUCCCACACUUGUGGUUACCUGCAGACGUUUGUGCACAGUUCGAGACAGCCUUUGGAUUGACCUACGAUCCUGAGACAGACCUGUACCUUGUCAACGAUACUAUCCACCAACAACUUGUCUCAAACAACCCAACUCUCACGUUCAAGCUUGUAAACUCGCUCGAAGAUACAACUACGAACUACACCAACAUAGAACUGCCGUAUGCAGCCUUCGAUCUUCAAGCCUCGUAUCCGUACUACCCGAACGCAACGAACUACUUCCCGAUUCGCCGCGCCGCCAACGAUACACAAUACGCACUUGGUAGGACGUUGCUGCAGGAGGCAUAUCUGAUAGUAGACUAUGAACGGGCAAACUUCACGGUUGCACAGGCAGUCUUUCCCGAUCCUUUGCCCGCGUCAAACGUCAUCACGAUCAGAUCACCGAGCGACUCUGAUUCCACACAAACCUCAACUUCGUCCUCAGGCCUCGGCGGAGGUGCCAUUGCUGGGAUUGUUAUAGGCGCAAUCGCUGCUCUCCUCCUGUUAGCACUGGGUAUAUUUUUCUUCCGGAAACACCGCAGCAAACAGCAAAAAGAACAGCGAUACGAACUCGCAAGCAAACAUAUAUCAGAAAUUGAUUCUAGUUCUAAUGUUCUUGCGGGCAGCCUGCCUCACAAAGCUGUGGGCCCGCAAGAACUUCAGGGCACGCCAUUGACAGAACUCGCCUCCCCUGUGAACGACCAGUUCCCUGGCCAUGCGUAUCCACAAGAUCAAAAGACAGUCAUUGAUAUGGCAGACGAACCACAAGAGCUGCAUGGCGACUCGAUAAUGCCGGUGACACCCAGAUGGCAAGAAGUACCGCCGCAUCCACGUUUCCAACAAGAGAUGGACGUAGAGAGCAGUGCAAGCCACAGCGUGAGCGGUGUGCCCAGCGACGACGGAUACGCGACUGGCGAACUUACACUCCGCUCUGGUGUAUCGCCAAUUUCACCGCAAUUUCCUCGCAGCAAACAUGGAUAA